AUGCCAUCAAAGACCAUCGCAGUUAUAGGAGGGUUGGAUGCCGAUUUGAUCAUGAUUACGAGCCGUAUUCCUGAUCCUGGUGAGAGUGUACUGGCAAGUCAUUUCGAAGAGUCUCUUGGCGGCAAAGGGGCCAACUCAGCGAUUGCCACAUUCCGAACAUGCCACGACAAAUUCUCACAAAAGCAUGUCUUCCUAGACUUCAAAGGUGCCUCAGGCGACAUUGAAGACGCACAUUCCGCAAGCCAGUCACACGCGGCAGUAACAAAGCAAGAAAUUAACACAGGUUCGGACGCGGAAAUUAUUCGAGUCAAGAUGAUCGGCGCAGUCGGUGAUGAUGAAUACGGUGAAAAGUUCAUUGCUGAGCUAAGCAAAAACGGCGUCGAUGUUUCUGGGAUCAUAACAGUUCCAGAUACACGUUCGAGCAUUUGCUUCGUCACGGUCGAUGACCUGACGCGCGAGAACCGAUGCCUCUUCACACAAGGCGCCACAGCAACCUGGAAGGAAAAGGACUUUCUCAAGCCGGAGCAACUUGGAGGUGGCAUUCGACCCGACUUGGUUAUUGCUCAAAUGGAGAUUGACAAGCAUGUUGUUGAAACCAUGCUGGAAACUGCUGGUAAUGCGAGUAUUGACUUUUGUCUCAACGCAGCACCUGCAAGCCCGAUCGACAAGCAUCUCUACCGACAUGUGACACAUCUGCUCAUGAAUGAAUCAGAGGCAGCUAUCAUGUCAGGGCGAGAUCGAGACGAGGUUAAACAAGACACUUGGCUCACUAUUGCCAAAGAAUUCUUGAACAGUGGUGUAGCCAAUGUGGUAAUUACACUCGGGGCUAAGGGAGCAUUUUACGCCAACGCCGAGGGAAAUGGCCAUUGCCCUGCAUACGAUGUGAAGGUAGAGGACACUACUGGCGCAGGGGACACGUUUACGGGUGCUUACGCCUCGGAUUACUUGCGACAAAAGGACAAGGGAACGUGGGAUAUUAGGAGUGCCGUUGUUCGAGCGAACAAAGCUGCUGCUAUCACCAUCCAGGGUUUAGGGGCGUAG